UGAAGCUGACUACUUUAAAGGCCAGCGUGAUUUGAGGAAGUCUUCUAUUUUCAAACGGGCUCUUCGUACAACUAAGUGUAUUUUUAUGGCAGAUUACACAAAAGGAGAGAGGCCCAAGACAGCAGAGACACCAUAUGUGAUUACAGCGUGUGGCAGUUACAUAUCUCAGAAAAACAAACAGAACCAGAGCAUAGUUGUUGACAAGCCAGCAGUGGCUGGACAAAGAUUAACUCAUGAGGCUGUGAUUGAGGCUGUCCUCAAUGCCACUGAGUCAAGUCUGAAAUACAAGACUUGCAAGGACAGCUCCCUGCUGUGUUACUUGGUGGAUGAUGGUGGUUUUUUAGUAGCUACUUCAGGGGAAAACUACAGGGAGCAGGUGAAUUGGUCGUUUCCUUGGUGA